AAAAACGUUUAUAAACCGUUACUGCCUCCAUUUUACAACCACAAACGGUGGCCAUAAUCAACGGCCGCAGGACAAUUUUCUUAAAUUAAACCCAAUAAAAAACCUAAAAAUAGCGCCUACAGCUGGUAUGUGGACCAAUAAACACCAUAUACGCACGCAGGUGGCAUUUCGUUAACUUUUUUAUUCAUAUUUAUUCAGGUAAUAGUUUUGUAAAUCGUCCUUGGCUUGCGAAACUUACGCCCCCGCGGCAUAUAAUCAUUAACCGAUUAAGCCUCCCUUUCUUUCUAACUAAAGCUCGGUAAGUGUGAACGGGAUGAGAGAUUAAAGUUGUAAUGAAGUGUGUUGACUGUUGUCUCCAGCCAGUCUCAGGCGGCAGCGCGCGCGCCGCGGUCGCUACCACGACGCGCUAUUUCGAAAUUAACGAAUUGACGCGUUCGAAUAACGAAUUUUCAACGAAGUUUAUCGAUGUGUGUGAUUGUGUUUUGUUUUAAGUUUGAAACAUCGAUAAAGUCAAGUGUGUAAUGUGAAAUCAGUGCUUAACAAAAAUGGUCAUGGAAUCCCCGCUGCAAGGCCGCUUCUGGCCCCUCUCUCCACGUCUCUGGAGGCGAAGUACGGAGUGCAAAGUCGUCUUCGAGCCUAGAAGACCACCCGUGGACAAACGAAUAGAUCUGACACCCGAUUUGCUGCGUUCGAAGAAUAUCAAAGAGAGAUUGGGGCAUUUGAAUUUGGAAGAACAUAUUGAUGAGGAAAAGAGAUGGAGUGUCUCGAAGCCUCCGUUGAAAGAGAAGAAGGAGGAAGUAAAGAUGAGGGUCAAAAGGCAGAGGCAGCCGCGACCGAACAGUCUGCAGCUGCUGCUGUGUCCGUCCAGCUCGGGGCAUUAUAGCAGCAACACUUGGAGGUACACCAGGGUCAGGUCGAGGAGCCAUGAGCCUGAGGGAGGCGGGCGCGGCGAGGGUCCGCUAGCGCGCGCGAUGCACCCCGCGCCGGGCUCGCCCAAGCGGCAGCCUCCGCAGUCACAGCACGGGUCGGCGCCGGCGGACCAGUUAACAUUAAAGGUCCACCUGCCGAACGGUGGGUUCAACGUUGUCCGGGCGUCGGCCGAUGAGGACGUGCGCUCAGUGCUACGGCUGCUAGCGAGCAGGCUAGCGACCGGCGAGCGAGUAUACGCGUCGUGCUACGCGCUACGGGCGAGGCGGCUGACUACUGGCAAGAUUCGAUGGAUCCACCAAGACACGCCAGUAUCGGAGCUGCUCGCAAAAUGGCCGGCAUCGGAAUGGCGGUUAGAACUGCGCGUGCGUUACCUGCCCGCCAACUUACGUGGCUUAUGCGACUCUGACCGAGUCACGUUCCACUAUUACUACGAUCAGGUGCGACAUGACUACCUCAACGCUAAUCAUCCAAUGGUGGACCAGGAUCUGGCGAUACAAAUAUGUUGUUUAGAAAUAAAAUACUUCUGCAAAGAUAUGCAAAUAUCGUUAGAUAAGAAGUCCAACAUCGAAUACUUGGAGAAGGAGUUCGGGCUGCACAAGUUCCUGCCCAAGUCGGUGCUGGAAGCCAUCAAGCCCAAGGUCCUGAAGAAGGCCAUACAGCAGCAGUUCAAAAAGGUGGCGAACCUGUCAGACACAGAGUGCAUGCUGAAAUAUCUGGAGACCAUGCACACGCACUAUGGCUAUGAUCGGGAGACCUUCACCGGGGCCCUCGGCUCGGGCUGGGCUAUUCCUAUAGAACUCGCCAUUGGACCUGAUAUAGAUAUAUCGUACGUGUCUCACAAGGCGGGCGAGCCGCCGACGUACACCAAGAUCGCUUCAUUCGCCGACAUCGUGGCGGUGCAGACGCUCAAAUCCAACUGUCAGUCGCAGUCGCAAACUACGCAAUCGCAGUCGCAGAGCGGUUCGUCGUGCGGCAAAGCGGCGCUCCAACUGCGAGUGAAGGGCGCCACUGAGACGCUCACUAUCACGUGCAGCAGCGUCGAGGCUGCGGAAAGCUUGGCAGACUUAGUAGACGGGUAUUGCAGACUAGUCACAGAAUCGCAGACCUCGCUAUGGAACAGAACUACUACUGUAUGGAAGUCGCUGAAUUGUCAGUGCAAAACGGAGAUGAGCUCAAGCUCGUCGGAGGGCAAGACCAGCUCGUGGGAGGGGAACACGGCGACGUUGUUGUCAGAGGACUACGCCGAGAUUGUCGACGACGACGCCGACUACUCCACGCCGGCCGUUCGAGACUACGAGUUGGUUCGCAAUCAGAUCGAGCUCACCGGCAUUAUCGGGGAAGGGCAGUUUGGCGACGUACAUAAAGGGACGUGCCGCGUGGCCUCAGCUAACCACCCCUCCCUUCGCCGUCAACUCACUAUACAAAAGCAGCAGGGGAAAGGCUCGGCCGGCGAGUACAUAUUACCGGUCGCCGUGAAAACUUGCAAGUUGGAUGCAGACCUGGAUACAGCAGAAAAGUUUCUGGAAGAGGCUUAUAUAAUGCAGCAGUUUUCUCACCCGCACAUCAUCGGGCUGGUGGGCGUGUGCAGCGCGCCGCCAAUAUGGAUCGUCAUGGAGCUAGCCACCCUAGGCGAACUUAGGGCUUACUUACAACAGAACGCGAGGAGGUUAGAGACGUGUACACUGGUUCUGUACAUAUACCAGCUGUCAACGGCGCUCAGCUAUUUAGAGAGCAAGAAAUUUGUACACCGCGACAUAGCCGCGAGGAACGUGCUGGUUUCAACACCCACCUGUGUCAAGUUGGCGGAUUUCGGUCUGUCAAAAAUGGUGGAGGACAAAUCCUACUACAAGGCGUCGCGCGGGAAACUGCCUAUUAAAUGGAUGGCGCCUGAGUCCAUCAACUUCCGGCGGUUCACUUCCGCCUCCGAUGUUUGGAUGUUCGGCGUGUGCAUGUGGGAGAUCCUGAUGCUCGGCGUGAAGCCGUUCAGCGGCGUGAAGAAUAAUGACGUCAUCGGGAAACUGGAGAACGGGGAACGGCUUGCACUGCCCCCGAGGUGUCCACCGCGGCUCUACUCCGUCAUGUCGCGCUGCUGGGCGUACGAGCCGUCGCAGCGACCGCAGCAGCACCAGCUCAAGGAGACACUCUUUGAGAUUCUGCAAGAGGAGCGCAGCACGGCGUGGGACACGAUGCGGCGCGAGAACCGGCGCGUGGCCGCCGCCUCGUGGGGCGACGAGCCGCCGCCCAAGCCCAGCAGGCCCGCCACCAACCUCACUGCGGCGGAAUCGAGCGGUGUCGGCGCGGCGCCGCAGACAUACAUCGUGGCGCAGAACCCGCUAGUGCUGGCGCACCUGCUGCGCGAGAACCAGGCGCGCGCGCGCGACCCGCAGGCCUACACCACGCCCGCCUCGGUAUUCAACACCGUCGCCGUCGAUUUCCAGGCUCUGCCGGAGGACACCAAACUCAUCAACCCCAAGCCCGACGAGCUCCUAGACAUACCCCUGCAGACCGUCCCGAUCCCCGUCGCGUCGCUGCACAAACUCGACCCCGUCGUGCCCGAAGACACUUUGACCGUUGUCGUCGGCGCGAGGGAGAGCUGCGACAAUCUAUGCCAGAAUAAUGUCCCACCGCCUGAGGAGUCUCCGGAACCGUAUGCGAGUAGGGUUCGCUCGUUAGAACGGAACACUCGAGGGACGUUGUCGACGGCGGAACGGGCGCCUAUCAGAAUGGGUUCCUUAGAACGCAACGCUCGCGGCAGUCUUUCCCAUAGGGGUUCCCCCGUCCCUAUAGCUCCCUUCACGCGCCAGCACUCGGUCCCGGCGUCCCCGCCCCCGAGAAACAGAAGGGAACAGGACAUUGGCCAGUUCUCUGUCCAGGGCUCUUUAAACGCGCAACUAGCCGCCAGUGUUGUCAAUAAGAUGCGGUCGCAGCCCGAUCCGCCUCUAGUCGAGGAAAUCUAUGAUUUUGGGGGCGAUAAUGUCAAAAGUUGCGUCGCUGUCGCCGCCCAAAAGGCGGGUCUAACGAAACAGUACAGACCUUCGAUGGUCGCUUCCCACCCGGUCUCGUACGGCGUGCCGGUUGGAGUCGUCCAAGGCGUCCCGUACUCCCAAAGCCCGGUGAAACCUAGUCACGUGAUGCAAAUGAUGCCGAAGCAGAUGUCUUCGCCUCCUGUAGCUUCUAGUCAGGCGUUUUUCCCUCAACGCUCCGCCAGUCCGUUAUCUCAAACCUUUGUGUCUCAGCCUAUGGGAGUUAUCCCCCCCAUGUCUUACGCGAGCGCGUCCCAGCCUAUUUAUAGCGGCCAUAAUGUGGUGCAAGGGCCUCAGCCGAUGUUGUACCGGCCGCAAGUGUCCGCGCAGACCGCGGGUCAGUACACGGCGAGCGCGGCGUUCGCGCCGCGUCCACACUUUGCGUCGGCGACCAGUGUGGACGCGCAAGCGCUGUACGCGUCGCGGCAGGAAUGCUCGGCGGUCGGCCAACCCGUCCAGAGUCCAGAAUUGGACACCGAGCAAGCGGUGGAGAGACGCCUAUUAGCCGAGCUGGCGAGACAGCAACAUCAGAGUGAAGAGGACCGCCGAUGGCUGCAGAUGCAAGAGGACAAACUGAAUCGCCUGUCAACCGUACAAUCCACAGAGGAGCCUGCUGAAAAGUUGGCUGAGGGCGUGCAGAACAUAGCUGUGCAGGACAAGACACCCAGCCAGACAGCGCCUAACUCGUCGGAAACUAGUCCAGCGAACACUGUGAAGCCUAAUGACAAGCCGAGCGAGGACAGGUCCCGCUCGCACACGGACGACCCGGUGUACUGCCUGACCACGGGCGUGGUGCGCUGCGUGAUGCGGCUCGCCAGCCUCGCCACCGCCGGCGCGCCGCCCGCCCCCGCUGUACUACAAGCCGUGCGCGCCGUCGGCACCGAGCUGAGGGCGCUGUGUGCUACUGUAGACAAUGUUGUGGUGCCCUUCCCGAGCGCGGAGCAACGGGAGGUGGAGAUGGCCCAUCAGGUGCUGAGCAAAGACAUGGCGGCGCUGGUGGAGGCCAUGCGACUAGCGCUCCAAUACGCCGCGACCACGCUACACCACGAAUACACCAAAAAUAUGCUCGCGGCGGCUCAUGUACUGGCCAUGGACGCGAAAAACCUCCUUGACGUAGUCGACUGCAUCCGCGAGCGCCACCCCGCCGUCGACUGGCGCGCCACCCUCCCCGACCCACUCUCCCCCCAACCCCCCCACUCCCCCCAACCCCCCCACUCCCCCCAACCCCCCGUCCAAGAGGAACCUAAACCGGACUUCAAGAUCAACCAACCCGUUACUAGUCAAAUACCUACCGACCUACCUAAGGACCAUAGCAGCCUCCCCGUCACUUCUAACCGGGUCUCCGCUCUGAUACACAACUACAAUCUAUACGGCAAUAUUAGAGAGCAACAUAUCUAUGGGAAUUCCGAUGUUGGGGGGUCUUUUCAGCACUCUUCGAGUAUCGAUGAAAAAUCGCCCUUGGAAUCGGUCAAAAGCCGCGUACAAGCUAUGUCGGGUAAAAUCGACUCGCCGCCCAUAUACUCGGUCAGCAAGAAGGUGGUUGUAGAACAGAACGUGACCGAGCAAGGUUGA